AUCGAACCUCACCAAAACUUCCAACAGUCUCUAUAUAUAAGAGCCAUUUCGCAUACUCACCCUCCUUCCAUCCGAAAAAAGUCCUAUUUUAACUCCAAGGAGGUGAUCUGAUAGAGAGAAAUUAACAAGAAAAGAAUUCAUGGCUUCUAGUGGAGGAGUACUGAUCUCCACAGCCCGGUGGGCGAUCUUGUUGCUCUCACUUGUGGUUUUUCUGGGGAAUAUUAUGAUGUGGAUCAUCAUGCCAACUGAUACUUACUACAACGAUUGGCUGCUUCACAUUCUUGCUGAUACAAACUCAACCUUUUUUGGCAUCCAGGGUCCAAUAAUGCUGGAUUUCACAUUCCCCAUUUUAUUCAUUGCUGUAAUGGGAUGCUUGUAUCUGCAUUUGGGAAAGAAGAAGGCUGCAGUCACAGGAAGUACAAAGGACAGAAAGAUGAGGUUCAUGAGGAAGCCGAUGAUCGUCAAGGGACUUGGAAUCGUUAACCUCACAGAGCUUGCCUUGUUCACAAUGUUCAUUGCUCUCUGUGUCUGGUAUUUCGCAGAUUACGUCCGCCAUUGGUAUAAGCAAGUCCCGAUGCUUUCCAUGACCAGAGGUGAAAAAGCGUGGCAAACAAGGCUGGAUAGAGUGGCUAUAGUGACAGGGACAACAGGGAAUUUGUGCUUGGCAUUUCUAUUCUAUCCAGUGACAAGAGGCUCAUCCAUUCUGCCUAUGUUGGGGCUAACAUCAGAGGCCAGCAUCAAAUACCAUAUUUGGAUUGGAAACAUGGCCAUGGGACUCUUCACUGCACAUGGACUUCUUUACAUCAUUUAUUGGACCCUUACCAAUAGGUUAUCUGAGAUGCUGAAAUGGGAUGAUCAUUAUGUAGCAAAUGUAGCAGGCGAGAUUUCUUUGCUAUGUGGAUUGGCAUUAUGGAUCACUACUUACCCUACCAUCAGAAGGAAGAUGUUUGAGAUCUUCUUUUACACUCACUAUCUCUACAUUCUCUUCAUCAUAUUCUUCAUCUUCCACACUGGCAUUGGCUUUGUCUGCAUUAUGCUCCCCGGUUUCUAUCUAUUUGUCAUCGAUAGAUAUCUGAGGUUUCUACAAUCUAGACAGAAAGUUCGGUUGCUUUCUGCUCGUGUCCUACCAUGCAAUACUCUGGAGCUAAACUUCUCCAAGAGUCGAGCGCUGAAAUAUAGCCCAACAAGUAUUAUGUUCAUAAAUGUGCCGGGGAUUUCCAAGCUGCAAUGGCAUCCAUUCACUGUUAUAUCCAACAGUAACUUAGAACCAGAGAGGCUGAGCGUAAUGAUCAAAUCUGAGGGCAGCUGGACUAAGAACCUCUAUGACAUCGUUUCAUCACCUUCAUCCAUUGAUCGUCUUCAAGUGGCUAUUGAAGGUCCCUAUGGUCCAGCCUCAACUAAUUUCCUCAGGCAUGACAUAUUGGUGAUGAUUUGUGGAGGGAGUGGCAUUGCUCCCUUCAUUUCAAUAAUCAAAGAGCUUAUGUUCGUUAGCUCUACACUGAAAUUCACGACUCCAAAGAUAAUGCUGGUUAGCGUGUUCAAGAACUCUUCUCACCUCUCCAUAUUAGACCUGAUCCUUCCCAUAUCUGGCACCUCUUCAGAUUCCUGCACCAACUUAGAGCUCCAGAUAGAAGCCUACAUAACAAGGGAAAAAGGGAAACCAAAGGACAAGCUCUUGCCUCCACGAACUGUGUUGUUCAAACCAGAUCCAUCUGACACACCCGUUUCUCCCACAUUAGGCCCCAACAGUUGGCUAUGGCUUGCUGCCAUAAUCUCAUCAUCUUUCUUCAUUUUUUUGGUCCUCUUGGGACUUUACACUCAAUACAUCGUCUAUCCUAUUGAUAAAAACACAAACAAGCUCUAUUCCUACACCAAGAAAGGUGCAACAAAUAUGCUGAUCAUCUGCUUCUCCAUAGUAAUAGCAGCCAGUAGUGCAUUCCUGUGGAACAAGAAACAGAACACUAAGGAAGCGAAACAGAUUUUGGACAUGGAGGAGUCUUUAACAAGCAGAUCAUCCAACACAUCAUUUGAUCGAAAUGAUAUAGAGAUGGAGAGCCUUCCAAUGCAAUCAACCACCAAAUCUAUGAAUGUGCAUUACGGUCAGAGGCCUAACCUAGAGAGAAUAUUGCUAGGGACAAAAGAACAAAGCGUUGGAGCACUUGUGAGCGGACCAAAGAAGAUGAGAGAGGAUGUUGCGGCCAUAUGCUCCUCCCGGAAAGCAGACAAUCUCCAUUUUGAGGCCAUCAGCUUCACUUGGUGAAUGUGAAUAUUGCGGAUUAGUAUAAUGAUGCAAUACAUGAUGUUUGAUUAUUAUAUAUACAUAUGAAAUAUUUGAGGCGUAUUGUAUUUGAAGCAUGACAGCAUAAAUAAACACAUUUUGUAAAAAUAUAUUUUGAUGUAUGAUAGCUACACUUUAUAUCUUGGAAUAGUUGACCAAGAAUCAGCUUCUUCC